CACACCACCAGGCACUCACACACCCACAGAAAUCCUGGCUGUGUACAUCAGCGUGAUGUGCGUGGGUAAAUAAUUGAAAAAAAGCGACACGUCUGCUUAUUUUGUUCGUAGAUAAGCUGAUCAUUGAAUAUUGAACGAUGUGUCACAUAAAGUCACUCUUUGUGGGGCUUAUUUGCCUCCUGAUUAAUCCGAAAGCUGGGUCUUUUGCCAGUCACUUUGUCCAGAAUGAGGCCUGCUACUCGUAUGCCGGGGGAUCGGUAUAUCCAGCCGGUAAUAAACAUGCUGGACAUCAGUUACAUACAACUAAAGCAGUCAUUGGAAAGCCAGCUCCACACUGGGAAGCUACAGCAGUCAUAAAUGGCGAGUUCAAGGAAAUCAAACUCACUGAUUACAAAGGAAAAUAUCUUGUGUUUUUUUUCUACCCUUUGGACUUCACAUUCGUAUGCCCAACGGAAAUUCAAGCCUUCUCGGAUCGGAUUGACGAAUUUAGAACAUUGAAUACAGAGGUGAUCGCAGCCUCUGUUGAUUCUCAAUUUACUCAUUUAGCGUGGAUGAAUACACCGAGGAAAGAGGGAGGACUCGAUAAAAUUAAGAUUCCUCUGCUUUCUGAUUUGACACACAAAAUCUCGAAAGAUUAUGGAGUUUAUCUGGAGGAUCUGGGCCAUACGUUGAGAGCUCUAUUUAUAAUCGAUGGAAAGGGAAAUCUACGCCAGAUAACGAUGAAUGACCUCCCGGUGGGUCGCUCAGUGGACGAGACACUGAGACUUGUUCAAGCCUUCCAGUACACUGAUGAACACGGAGAAGUCUGUCCAGCUGGAUGGAAACCCGGUCAAGACACAAUUAUUCCAAACCCAGUGGACAAGAAGAAGUUCUUCUCGAAGAGGAACUAGGUGCUGAUAUUUUUCUUCUAUUUUUACAUACAUCACAUGUAUCCCUGUGUUUUAUACAUUAAAAUAAAGUUUUAAAAAAACG